AUGAUUUAUCGGAUGAGUGGUUGCAGUCUCAAUCCAGCAGAGCAUCCUCUCCAGAAGCUCCACAAAGAGUCGAAGAUUCUGAUAAAAGAGCCCUCCCCAUUGGGGUUGACAGGGCAUGGAGGUGGUGCAUCGAGAGGCAGUUGCUGUGCACAAAAAAGCACGUUUGUCACCCAGCAGCUCUGGGGAAGAUGGCUGACAGGAGGAUCAGUGGGAGACGAGUCAGUUGCCCUUCACAGGAGCUGCUGGACCUCAGAGACUGCGGACAGAGGCUGCGAAGCUGGAUUCAUCUGA